AAAGAAAGAAAAGAGAAAGGAACGGGAAAAUAGGCCGUUGUAAAGUUUCCAAAACCUGGAGAGAGCCCACCACGCACCAAGAACCUGUUCAAAGGGUCACUCUACCUAAAGCAGAACAACCAAAUCACUCCCCCUGCGGCGUCGUUUCUGGGCUCCGGCGACCCCCUAUCACCCACCCAACACAUGGCAUUGGUCGACGACAAAUCUUCAUCUUCCUCCGACGCCAAAGUCUGGGGGCUAUUCAAGCUUCCCUUCCGAAAUUCGCACUCUACCACCACCUCCUCCUCCUCAAAUUUCGCUCACUAUCAGCAGAAUUACGGUCAUGGAAGCAACAAUACUCAUUUUCAGGUGGAGGGAUCGGGUGCUCACGCCAACACUGGAUCCUCGGUUUCUUCAGUUGCUAGAUCUCUGCUCCCCACUCGGCGUCGUUUGAAGCUCGAUCCCUCUAAUAAACUCUAUUUUCCUUAUGAACCAGGUAAGCAAGUCCGAAGUGCUAUCAAAAUAAAAAAUACGAGCAAGUCUUAUGUAGCUUUCAAGUUUCAAACAACUGCACCAAAAAGCUGCUUCAUGCGUCCUCCUGGUGCCAUUCUUGCUCCUGGGGAGAGUAUCAUAGCAACUGUAUUCAAGUUUGUAGAGCCUCCAGAGAACAAUGAAAAGCCAAUGGAUCAGAAAAGGAGGGUAAAGUUUAAAAUCAUGAGUCUAAAAGUGAAGGGACCUAUGGACUACAUACCUGAACUGUUUGAUGAGCAUAAGGAUGAAGUGGCUGUGGAGCAGAUACUUAGAGUUGUGUUUCUAGACGUGGAACGUCCUAGCCCUGCUCUGGAGAAACUAAACCGCCAGUUGGCUGAAGCUGAGGCUGAACUUGAGGCUCGCAAGAAGCCUUCAGAAGACACUGGCCCAAAGUUUAUUGGAGAAGGACUUGUCAUCGAUGAGUGGAAAGAAAGAAGAGAAAGAUACCUCGCUCGUCAACAGGUUGAAGGUAUAGAUUCUAUAUGACUGGAGUUUCUCUUCAAAAUCCUUUACUUGUGCACUGUAUUUUAGGGUGUGUUUAGUUAUGUGUUGCGGGCGUUCAGUAGGAGACGGUGGAUUCUUCUGUCAAUACGACGGUUGUGAGUUGAAUAUGUAACUUUUAACGCACUAAGUAUUUGUCUUAUUGCACAUGUAUAUCUGUAGAUAUGUGAUUUUGCUUAUUCAAAUGUAAAACAUAAAAUAUGCAAUUGCGGAAAUCAUUAAGGCCACUCAUCGGACCUUA